AUGACAUUUAUCACCGAACGAUUGGCGCAAAGUCUGCGGCUAAAAAGAGUGCGCAUGCCGACGUCCAUCUCUGCCGUCGGUGGUGUCACGGUGGGCACCUGUCGGCACGCCGCUCAAAUCACAAUAUCUCCGCGGAGUGCAUCGGCUCCGGGAUUCUCGACUACCGCGUUAAUUUUAAAUUCAUUGACGGCCUAUUCACCACAACGAGUCCCAGCAGAGUCCGUGCUCGGACACGUUAGUUCACUUUCAUGGGCGGAUCGCGACCACAUGAGUGCGGACCCCAUUGAUCUUCUCAUCGGUGCCGAUCUCUAUGGCGAUGUUAUUCUGGACGGAAUUUACAAAUCGACGGUCGGACGACCGAUUGCUCAGAAUACGGUAUUCGGUUGGAUAAUUUCGGAGCCGACAUCGUGUUCCGAAAUCUUAUCUCACGCAUCGUUCGUCAAAUCGGAUGACGAUCGAGCAAGCGCUCAAAUCAAUUCAUUCCAUUGUUCUACUACCUUGUCCCUCGACAAGGAACUUCGACAAUUUUGGGAAACUGAGGAAAUCCCUCGUCAAAUUAUUCUUAGUCCAGAGGAUGAACCGUGUGAACAUUUUCGCUCGACUCACUCUCGUCGGUCGGAUGGACGGUACACCGUCCGUCUUCCAUUUAAAACGAAGCCGCCUAUCGACAUAGGCGAAUCUCGUGCGAUCGCCGAAAAACGUUUAACAACGUUAACUCGGCGACUUCAAACCCAACGUGAAUACAAAAGAGAGUAUUCCGACUUCCUCCAGGAAUACCAGAAUCUCGGGCACAUGCGCGAAGUGUCUCAAUUCUCCGUACCACCCGAACAAUGCGUUUAUAUUCCGCACCAUCCGGUCAUCCGAGAAAGCAGUUCGACUACGCACCAGUGA